AUGCCCCUCCUCCUCUUGCUGCUCCUGCUGCCAAGCCCUUCACACUCCGCCCCCAUCUGUGAAGUUGGCCACAAGGACAGCCAGAUAGAAGUGAACUGUGAAAAUAAGGGGCUGAAGGCACCGCCUCCAAACCUGCAGGUCAACACCGCCAUCCUCCACCUGGGUGAGAACCCCCUGGGCACUUUCUCCAUGGAAUCCGUGGUGGAUCUGCCCCACCUCACUGAGCUGUUCCUGGGUAAGAGCCAGCUGACCAGCCUGCAGACAGACGCGAAACUGCCGCGGCUGGAGGUCCUGAGUCUAGCGCACAAUGAGCUGAGGAGCCUGCCCCAGCUGGGAUGGGCACUGCCAGCUCUCUCCAUCCUGGAUGUGUCCUUCAACAAGCUGACCUCGCUGUCUUCUGAUGCUCUGCAUGGCCUGAGCCACCUCCAUGAGCUCUAUCUGCGUGGAAACCAGCUGAGGACUCUGCCCCCUGGGCUCCUGGUACCCACGCCCCGCCUGAAGAAGCUCAACCUGGCUGAAAACGACUUGCAAGAGCUGCCCCAUGAGCUUCUAAAAGGGUUGGAGGAACUUGACACCCUCUAUCUCCAAAACAACAGGCUGCGCACGAUACCAACGGACUUCUUUGGGAUGCUCCUCCUGCCUUAUGCUUUUUUCCAUAACAACUCCUGGUCCUGCGACUGCGGGAUCCUCUAUUUCAGCCGCUGGCUGCAAGACAACCCCAGCAACGUGUACGUAUGGGAGGAAAAUGUGGACAUUAAGGCCAUGACCCCCAAUGUGAAGAGCGUUCAAUGUGCCGAUAUGAAUGGCACGUAUGUCUACCGCUUCUCGGGGGAUGGCUGCUCCAUCCCUGGUGACAGGGACUACCUGGACUACGAUGAAUACGAAGAGGAACACAAGGUGCCUGUCAGGAGCACUGUGAUCAGCCUCUCUAACCACACCAUGCACUGGGACCUGCUCUAUUCAGCACUGCCUACUUCGCCAGGCAGUCAAGUGUCCUCCUUGCCUCCAGCUAAGAACCUGACCAUGAUCCCAAUUACUAUAGAUUCCAUCACCUCCUCCAAAACUCUAAAACCCACUACUGAGCCCCUCACAACUCCAACCACCCCAGAAUCCACAACCCCGACCACCCCAGAACCCACAAUCCCGACCACCCCGGAGCCCACAAUCCCGACCACCCCGGAGCCCACUACCCCGACCACCCCGGAGCCCACAACCCCGACCACCCCGGAGCCCACUACCCCGACCACCCCGGAGCCCACAACCCCGACCACCCCGGAGCCCACUACCCCGACCACCCCGGAGCCUACAACCCCGACCACCCCGGAGCCCACAACCCCGACCACCCCGGAGCCCACAACCCCGACCACCCCGGAGCCCACUACCCCGACCACCCCAGAACACGUAAGUGAGACUUUACAACCAACCAUAUUCUUAACCUCCACAGAAUCCAUUUCACUCCCCACUAUCUUAGAAUCCACCAUAACCAUCACCUCUGAAACUGACAACCUCUGGAAGGCCCAGGGAUUGGCUAAUUCCAGAAACAACCCUGUUCUCAGCUCUGACUCUUGCUGUCUGUUCCUGGGCUUCUAUAUCUUGGGUCUCCUCUGGCUCCUGGUUGCCUCUGUGAUCCUCAUCCUGCUGCUGUGCUGGGUCCAGCAGGUGAAGCCAUGGGCCCUGGCCACAGCCACCCACACGGCGCACCUGGAACUGCAGAGGGGAAAGCAGGUGACGGUGCACCGGGCCUGGUUGCUUUUCUUCCAAGGCUUACUUCCCACUUUCCGCUCUAGCCUUUUCCUGUGGGUACGGCCUAAUGGCCGCAUGGGGCCUCUGCAGGCGGGUCGGCGGCCUUCAGCCCUGAGCCUGGGUCGUGGUGGGGAUCUGCUGGGGACAGUGGGUGUUAGGUACUCUGGCCACAGCCUCUGA